AUGGGUAUCAAAAAAAAGGGGAUAUCGAAAACUAAAGCAAGCAAAACGUUAUCUUCGAAUUUUCUGGUGAGAAACAAGAAAAUACUAAAACCAAGUGAGGUUUCGUUCUUACAUCUCAUCAACACAGACACCAAAAAAGAGAAACAGUUGAUGAAAUCGUCUAAAUUUCUCAGCAAAUUCACUGAAGACAAUAUUAAAAAAAACCCUGAUCCAAAUCUCAAUCAGGCUGUAGACAGCAAUCUCAUUGGAAUUUCAAAAUCAUCGUUAAGAAGAAGGAAAAGAAAAUUGAGAGAGAAUUUGAAACCAAAAUUAAGUGAUUUACUAGACUCCUUGAAUUCAAUAGAAGAUGAUAACAACUCAGCCAAACAGCCUAACAAAAUAAAUAAGAACUCAAAUAACAUACAAAAUGUAAAAAUUGAAAAAAAAGGUUACAUAAAUAAACAAUUAAAUAAAAACCAACCAAAUCCUCACAAAAGCUUGAAUAGUUUUAAGAUCAUAUCUAAAAUGGAAAAUAGCAAUUUCAUCAAAGUUUUGAACGACGAAUCGUUUAAAGCCAAUCCCUUCCAAGCUAUAAGAGACAAGAUCAAUCUCCAAAACUCGUUAAUGCUGUAA